CAGUGUAGAGAAAAGCACCCGUCGAGCGGCAUGAACAUCUUAGUAGAUGCAAUGUUUAUUUAAACAACUCAAUUCAGAAUGUAUUUUGUUCCUUAAGAUUGACUUAAUAUAUUUGAUAGUGUCAAGGCCCAUUUUAUCGUGAGAUUUAAACCAGUACGUUACUGAGGUUUAAGAAAAAUGUCAACACUGGUACUGGACAAUGGUGCCUACUUAGCUAAAAUCGGGUACAGCCAUGAGAAAGUCGGUGUUAUUCCAAAUUGUCAAUUCCGUUCGAAGACCUCCAGGCUGAAAACUUUCACCGCCAAUCAGUUGGAUGAAAUCAAAGACCCGUCUGGGCUCUUCUAUAUCCUGCCGUUUCAAAAGGGGUAUCUUGUAAAUUGGGAUGUGCAGCGCAAAGUUUGGGAUCACCUGUUUGGAAAGGAAAUGUUUAAGGUGGACUUUGCUGAUACCAACAUCGUUAUAACAGAACCAUAUUUUAACUUCACCUCAAUUCAAGAGACGAUGAAUGAGAUUCUAUUUGAGGAAUACCAGUUCCAGGCAGCCCUCAGAAUUAAUGCUGGAUCUUUGAGUGCACAUCGAUACUUCCAUGAGAAUAACUCAGAGCUGUGUUGCAUUGUGGUGGACAGUGGCUUCUCCUUCACACACAUUGUCCCAUAUUGCAGGGGAAGGAAAAUGAAGGAGGGCAUCUGCAGGAUUAAUGUUGGAGGAAAGCUGCUCACCAACCAUUUGAAGGAGAUCAUUUCAUACAGGCAGCUACAUGUUAUGGAUGAGACCCAUGUGAUCAAUCAGGUCAAGGAAGAUGUGUGCUACGUAUCACAAGAUUUCUAUAAGGACAUGGAUAUUGCACUAUUGAAAGGAGAAGAUAACACUGUGAUGAGGGACUACGUACUGCCAGACUUCAGCUCCAUCAAAAAGGGAUUUUGUAAGCCACGAGAGGAGAUGAAUUUCACAGGAAAAUAUAAGACGGGGGAGCAGAUUUUGCGUCUAACCAAUGAAAGGUUUGCUGUCCCAGAGAUGCUCUUUCACCCCUCUGACAUCGGCAUUCAGGAGAUGGGCAUACCAGAGGCUUUGGUCAACUCCAUUAACAACAUGCCAGAAGAGAUGCAGCCCCACUUCUACAAGAACAUUGUUCUUACUGGUGGCAACUCCUUGUUCCCGGGAUUCAGGGAUCGUGUUUACAAAGAAGUCCGUGCACUCGCUCCCGUAGAGUAUCAAGUUUCUGUCAUGCUACCACAAAAUCCCAUUUGCUAUCCAUGGGAAGGAGGAAAGCUAUUGGCAGAAAACCCUGACUUUGAAGAGAUGGUGGUCACUCGAGACGACUACGAUGAAAAUGGCCAUUAUGUAUGUGAGGAGAAGUUUGAUAUUUAAUCUGCUAAUAAAUGCUGUCAAUGGCCAAAGAAAUGGAAUAAACACUGCUCAUACUACUUGUUGUAGGACAAGUAGUCAUCACAUUGCUUAAAAUCCUGUCAACAACUGACUGAUUCAUAUUAAUACUUGGUGUUUAGCAAGAGGCAUCCGAUCUUUGAAAAAUUCUGUUUGAAUGUGAUAACUUUGUGUCCUUUUUUAUUUUUUUUAAACUUGUCUCUUUUGUUGCAUAUAUUGUACAUUUAUACAAUAAAACUGGAGGAAUAAAAGUACUUUUU